CCCUCUUCCUCUCCGCUAUCCUGCCUCUUUCCACACGCACACACCCUCCUCCUCCGCUUCCUCCUUUCAAUCGCGGGCCCAGACGACUCCCCACGGCACGACUCGAACGCUCCCGCAGCCGCGACACGUUCGACGCCGCCUUCUCCGAGAAUUCGCACCGACGCGGUGCGUUGCGACGUCCAACCGCUGGCCUUGAUCCGACUCGUCCGCCCACUCGGCGACCGCCCGAAGACACGCGAGCCGCACACGAACCACGCACGUCAGGGCGCGCAAUGGUCUGACGACGGCUUCCCGCGCGCCUUUUGCUCCUUCGCUUUCACCCUCAUCGCCCACGCCGCUCCUUCCUUAGGGUUCACCUCCCCAUUGUCUCCGCUGGUUCCGGGCGCGCGCCCGCCUGUUUGCCCUUCCGACGCCCUUUUGAAAACGCACAUCGCGCCGUCGCUUCUUGACCUUUGGACAUCAUGGCUACCGACACGGGCGCUACCACCGCCUCCACCUUCUCCAGCCCGCUCUCCUCAGCCCCGGAAUCUGCUCCUGCCUCUGCGCCCUCAUCACCGCUUUCCAGUCUCUCCAGCUCGCCCUCCAUCCCCGGCUCGCCCACCUUGCACCAGCAGAGCCGACAGCCACAGAAGCGACCAGAUCCCUCAAGCCGCUACCCAUCGCCCACCUCGUCGGCACCCUCGGGCACCCAGUCGCCCGUCAAGCUUGGAGAGCCCAUGGACGACAGCCCGCGUCCCGUCAAGAGGCGCAGGGUCACGCCUCCCAAAGAGCGCACCACAAUGUACCUCGACCUCAUGAAGCCCAACGAGGAUUUUACCCACGAAGACAACUUCCAGCUGCAGCGUCUGCUCGCCGCCCUCCGCAAGAAGAAGAAGGUGGUGGUCAUUGCCGGCGCCGGCAUCUCUGUAUCCGCUGGCAUCCCCGACUUUCGCUCCUCGACGGGCCUCUUCGCCACGGCCCGCAGCCAGCACAAGCUCAAGGCCUCGGGCAAGCACCUCUUCGAUGCCUCCGUCUACAAGCACGACUCCUCCACCCAAUCCUUCCAUACCAUGGUCCGCGAGAUGGCCGGCAUGGUCAAGGACGCCAAGCCCACGCCCUUUCACCAUUUGCUCGCCUCCCUCGCCAAGGAGGGCCGCCUGCUUCGCCUCUACUCGCAAAACAUUGACUGCAUUGACACCUCCAUGCCGCCUCUCCACACGAGCGUGCCCCUCGAACCCAAAGGCCCUUGGCCCAAGACGGUUCAGCUGCACGGCGGUCUCGAGAAGAUGGUGUGCACAAAGUGCGGCGACCUGAAGCCCUUCAACGGUGACGUCUUCAGCGGGCCAGAGGCCCCCCUAUGUGCCAUGUGCAAGGAGCAGGACGAGGUGCGCACCACCCACGCCGGCAAGCGAAGCCACGGUAUCGGCCGCUUGCGGCCCAGAUUUGUUUUAUAUAACGAGUUCAACCCCGACGAGGAGGCCAUUGGCAACGUCGCCAGAGCCGACCUCAAAGCCCGCCCCGACGCCGUCAUUGUCGUCGGAACUACGCUCAAGGUCCCCGGUACGAGACGCCUCGUCAAGGAAAUGUGCCAGGUCGCUCGCGGCCGCAAGGACGGCUUCACCGCCUGGGUCAACAUCGAUCCAGAGCCCAAGGGCGUCGAGUUCAAGGACUGCUGGGACAUGAUUGUGCGCUCCAAGUGUGACGACGUGGCGCGCUUGGCCAGCCUCCCGCCCUACGACUGCGAAAUCGGCGACAACUACGAGGUGUCCCCGGAGCAGUACGCCGAGAAGCUGGGCGGCCUGCGCAAGAACAGCUUCGAGGUCGGCAUCCCCAGCAGUCCGACCAAGACGGCCAUCGAGGUGCACAUCGAGGCCAAGCCCAAGCAGGUCGAGGACAUGCAGGCCAUGCCGACCCCCUGCCCCAGCCCUCCUGUCUCGGCCAGCAAAGGACCCUCGAAGGCGAAGCAGACCAAGAUCAUCCUUGGCAAGUCGGGCCCCGGGAAACCUGCCAUGGCCAAGGACCCCAGCGGCAAGGCUCCCAAGGCCCGCCCUCGCAAAAAGCUGCCGGCCAAGGGUCAGGCGCCCCCCAAGAACAGCAUCAUGGAGAAGCUCAAAACGAGCAAGGCAACUGUCGUCGGCACGAAGCCGAUCAGAAAGCCUUUGCCCGACGCUCCCUUGUCCUCGCCGCGGCUACCGCAGGGCAUUUCCCAGCAGUCGUUGCGCAACGUGGCCAUCAAGGACGAGGCCGAGAUUACCUGUGCACUGCCCGCCCUGCGCCCAGAGCUGUCGCAGCGGCGGAGCUCGUCAGACAGCUACGUCAAGUGCGAACCUGGCGAGGCGCAACCGGCGGGCGCAAGUUCUGCGUCUCCCUCGACCCCAGUCAUGGCAGCAGAGCCAUUUCCACGGGAAACCGUUUCUCCCACAAGCAUUCCGCAGAACAUGCGGCAUCUGAUUGACGCACAAUGACGUGGUACGGGACAAUGUGACAUUUUCGGUUCAUGAGCCCACGGUGGGCAGGCGUUUGCGUUAGAUGCGGCAGGGGCCGUGGUAUAGGUCCUCAUCUAGACGGACGGGCUUUUAGCAUUGGUGACCGGGGCGUUCUGGAGUGGCUUUCGGUCUUUGAGCCGAAGACAAUGGAUGGGCAGACGACGCUGGGCGGGAGCAUCUACGUAUUUUGUUAGCGGGUAGCUGGGGGGACCAGCGCAGGCCGUGCGAUGUGGCAAUCGAAUCGGUGGCCCUAGUAACUUAGUUGGCGCAGCUUCAAUACCCGACCGUUGCUAGCGAGCUCGCAAACUCUCGCUUUUUUGAUGACAGGCUCUACUCCAUGUGGGCAUGGAUACUACAGGAGCUAAUUCUAGUCAAUUCAUACAUUCCUAC